GGGCCUGUGGGCGUCGCUCUUUAUUUAGGACCUCAAGUUGAAAUUCCCAUUCCCCCAUAAUUACGCGUUGGUCUCAAGCUUUCGUUUUUAUUUUCGAGUCUCUCUCAUCACCUCAGAUCCCUCUCUUCCCUCUGUCAAAUCCUUCCUCAGGGAUCUUACAUAAGAAAGCAUAAUGGGGCUAACAUUCACGAAGCUGUUCAGCCGGCUUUUUGCCAAGAAGGAGAUGCGCAUUCUGAUGGUGGGUCUUGAUGCAGCUGGUAAGACCACCAUCUUGUACAAGCUCAAGCUCGGAGAGAUUGUUACCACAAUUCCCACCAUUGGUUUUAAUGUUGAGACUGUUGAGUAUAAGAAUAUUAGCUUUACUGUUUGGGAUGUUGGGGGUCAGGACAAGAUUCGUCCUUUGUGGAGGCACUACUUCCAAAAUACUCAGGGUCUUAUAUUUGUGGUAGAUAGCAAUGAUAGGGACCGUGUUGUGGAGGCAAGGGAUGAAUUACACAGGAUGUUGAAUGAGGAUGAGCUACGUGAUGCAGUAUUACUUGUAUUUGCUAACAAACAAGAUCUUCCCAAUGCAAUGAAUGCUGCUGAAAUAACUGAUAAGCUUGGCCUCCACUCCCUCAGGCAGCGCCACUGGUAUAUCCAAAGCACCUGUGCAACUUCUGGAGAGGGGCUCUACGAAGGCCUGGAUUGGCUCUCUAACAAUAUUGCUAAUAAGGCAUAAAGUGAUGUGGUAACAUUUUGAUGGGUUGAUCCUGGAUGCAGGCGGCUUUUUAUCUAGUUGUUUCUGUUGUCAUGGUCGUGGAUUUCAGUUUUGAGUCCUUUUGUAUCUUUCAAGUCACUAUUUGCAAUGCAAUACUUGGUUUUUUAGUAAUUGCUAGUGUUUGUCUAGGUUUGGGUACUGCUAUGGAAGUAUGAGCCUGUAAACAGAGAUUAACUUGGUAUCUACUUCGGGUUUUGCCAAUGCCGUCAUAGUUAUAUUCUUUAUAUUGUUUGUCAUUAUUAUUAUUGUUUCUCUUCA